UUUAACAUCCGCCAUAACAUCGUUGAACUUCUAGAAUACCAAAAUGCUUGGAAACAGGUAACUUUUUAUUAUUAUGCCUCCAAUAAUUAGGUAUAGAGCAGGAGAGGCUAUGUGACUGGAAAUCUUUAUAUUUGAUCAACGAACCUAUGGCAUCCAAUAAGUCGGAACAAAUUGUAUGAACAAGGUAUGCAAAGAAAGGUUCACUACAAAAACAUUCCACGUGGUUGAGUAUAGUUAUCGAUGUGCUUUUAGGGAACCUUUUUGGCCUUACAUUGCUGACACAUGUAAAUUCUGCCUGUUUGACUAUUUUGACCUUCACUAGUGAUGUUACAAACCACUAAUAAGCUGUGCACGAUUAAUGGGAAACCCUACUUGUUUUAAGUUGAACACUAAGCUUGCAGGAGUUCUUGACACUCUUUCUUUAAAUUCAAUUCAAAUUUGGUCUACAAUAUUAGGCUCCAUGCGUUUUCUUUUUAUUUUUUUUCAUUAAAGUGUUAGCCAUAACCUGGGUUAUUUUUGGCAAUACAACCCCUGUUGCACUAACACUUGACAUGAUUACUAUCUCAACAACAUAUAUAUUCAACUCUACAUUGGUUAAUAUCCCUCAUUUAUUUUAGGUAGAUACAGGCAACAACGACAUUGUGGCGUCAUUUUUGGGGCAGAAGUGGAAUUCACUUUGUGAGAGGUAUUGUUGCUGAAAAAAGCAUGCUUUGCCUCUGUGAUGGAAGCUUUUCCAAUAUAUGCUCUACAUCUUCCUCAAAACCAACAGCAAACAUUUGAUCAGAUUCAUCAAGAACCAAGAAUUGAACCUCCACCAAAUUUAGGGUGUUACCGUCAAUAAGGUCAAUAAGUCUUCCUGGUGUUCCAACAUCACAUCAACUCCACGAGACAAUGCAUUUUGCUGUGAAUUAUAUGACACGCCACCAUAGACACAAACAAUGCUCAAAUAUGGAGCAGACUCUUUGAUCUCUGAUUCUACUUGCCUUGCUAACUCCCUGAUCAGAUCUCCACAACGUGGAAGAAGUGGAAGAUCUGUUGUGACAAUAAAGAAUCUACAAUUUAGCUAUGAAGACAAGGUUCUUUUAAAAAAAGCUAACAUAUCUAUCGAAAGGGGUGAUAAAGUUGCCAUAAUUGGGCCAAAUGGUUGUGGAAAGAGCACUCUACUUAAGUUAACUAUGGGUUUACAAAAGCCCAACAGUGGUGAAGUAAUUCUUGGUGAACACAACGUGCUUCCAAACUACUUUGAGCAAAAUCAGGUAACGCUUCAAGCCCUUACUUGCCAUCCAUGUCCGGUGGACAGCCGCCCAUAACACCGAGUUCAACAGUUUUACCUGGUACACCUGGUGGCAAACCAAUGACACAGAGAAUUUUUUGACAUGAUAUGUGAAACAAGAGAUGCUGGAGCCCUUAGAGAAGCUAAGUAAAAACUGGAGAAGUGAGUUGAAGAGCUGA